AUGAAGUUAUAUAUAGCAACGUCAGAUGGCACCAUCGGAAGCAUGCUAGCACAAGAGGAUGAAUAUGGCACAGAAAGGGCCAUUUACUAUUUAAGUCGAGUACUUAAUGAUGUUGAAACAAGAUAUCAUCCUAGUGAAAAACUUUGUUUGUGUUUAUUCUUCUCAUGUACAAAACUUAAGCAUUAUAUAAAGCCUUUUGACGUUUAUGUGUAUUCCCAUUUUGAUAUCAUUAAACAUAUGCUGUCAAAACCAAUUUUACAUAGCCGAGUCGGGAAAUGGGCUUUGGCACUGACAGAGUAUUCAUUGACUUAUCAAUCAUUAAAAGCUAUCAAAGGCCAAAUUGUGGCCGAUUUCAUUGUAGAGCAUUCAGUGAGCGAGGUUUUGACAACUGAAAUAGACAACCACCCAUGGUAUUUAUAUUUCGAUGGUUCUAGUCAUAAAAAUGGUACUGGCAUAGGGAUAGUCAUAAUCUCGCCUAAAGAUCAUACAUUUGAAUACAUGUUUCGAAUUAAUCAAUUUUGCUCUAACAACGAGGCCGAAUACGAAGCCUUAAUUACAGGUCUAGAAAUUGCACUCGAACUGGGGGCAAGAUACAUCGAAAUCAAAGGAGAUUCUGAACUGGUCCUCAAACAGAUGACAAAAGAAUAUAGGUGCGUUAAAGAAAGUUUGGUCACCUAUCAUGCAAUAGCCAGCAGGUUGCUAAAACAAUUUACCCAUGUGGGCAUUCGGCACGUACCUCGAAUGGAGAACCAACAUGCAAAUGAUCUAGCACAGAAGGCUUCCGGAUACAAAGUCCCUAAGGAACAGAUGCAAGAGCCAAUAGAAAUCAGAAACAGGAGAAAUUCGAUAGAGUCUUUUUCUGGCGAAUCGUUAACGCCAAAACUUGGGGGGACCAGAGCAAGCCAAAAGUCCAUAAAAGGUACGAAUUUUGUCGAAAUUUUUGUCAUUAACGAUUUAAAUGAAAAUGAUUGGCGAAAGCCCAUAGUAGAUUAUCUGGAAAAUCCAAAUGGAGCCACCCCUCGAAAAGUGAAAUACAGAGCCUUGAGCUAUGUAAUAAUGGGUAAUGAACUAUUCAAAAAGACUUCAGAAGGAGUUUUAUUGAAAUGCCUAGGGGAAACAGAUGCGUAUUUGGCUGUCUCUAAUACUCAUGAUGGAGCAUGCGGGACACACCAAGCAGGCCACAAAAUGAAAUGGCUCUUGUUUCGACAAGGUUUGUAUUGGCCAACUAUGCUCAAAGACUGCAUAGAAUUCGCAAAAGGAUGCCAAGGAUGCCAAAAAUACGCUGGAAUUCAACGCGUCCCAGCAAGUGAACUCCAUGCGAUAAUCAAACCUUGGCCAUUUAGAGGAUGGGCUUUAGAUGUAAUAGGGGAAAUUAAACCCACUUCAUCGAAAGGAUACAGAUAUAUCUUAGUUGGAAUAGAUUAUUUUACAAAAUGGAUAGAAGCAAUUCCCUUAAAAGAUGUUACUCAAGAGGAAGUUAUAAGCUUUAUCCAAAAGUUCAUCAUCUAUAGGUUUGCUAUUCCAGAAACCAUAAUCACAGACCAAGGAUCCGUAUUUACUGGUCGAAAGAUGGUGAAAUUUGCCGAAGAUACAGGCUUUAAAUUGCUAACUUCGACACCAUACUAUGCGUAA